AUGGCAUGGGUCAAGUUCUUCAGGAAGCCGGGGGGCAAUCUGGGGAAAUCGUACCAGCCGGGGAGCAUGCUGUCUCUGGCCCCCACCAAAGGACUGCUGAACGAGCCGGGCCAGAACAGCUGCUUCCUCAACAGCGCUGUACAGGUGAGUGGGUCUGUUUGACUGGAUUAAGUUGAACUUUUAUUGGAAGUAUUGAUCUGUUUGUGUUGUUUCCAUGACAAAAAUUUAAAAGAAUAAGCUCUUGCAUCAUCUUAUAGAUUUACACCAAUUGUUUCUAAUUUAGGCUACUUUUGCUUUUGAGAAUUCACCAACAGUGGAUGACCAAUCACUGAGGUCUUGACCAAUCAGAAUCAAGUAAUUAGAACAACCAAGUGAUAUUAAUAGUACUGACACAAAGCUAAAGAUAUUGUGAGGGCUAUGACUUAUGCACACUAUUGGUUUAUCCUCAGGGGACAACAAAUCUCUACAAAAUUUGAUAGCAGUCAAUCUUGGUAUAGACUGCAUGGUAUUUAUACUGGAAAUCAUCUCACUUUUCAUUCUUGUCUGUUAUUUUUUCCGUGCUUUGGACUUAUAUAACCUUUCUCUUAAUUGUGCGUCUGAGGCAACAUUAUUUAUUCACUUGUCGCUGUCUUCGUCCACUUAAAAAAAAUAUGACCAUUUAUGCCAGGACUCUUAAGAUUAGUCAGUAUCCAAAUUUGCCAGACCUUCCCAGCAAUUAGGUAAUGUACUUGAAGGUUGGGUUUGACUCUUGGGAAACUAGCCUGAGAGUUAGCAGCUCGCCACACAGUGAGGUCACUCCCGGAGACAGUGACUCAGAGGGUGAGCCAGCCAAUGAGCUAGUUGAAGAUGAUCGUUACCUUCGGCUUUGUUUCUGCGAGGGGAGUUAUUCUUUUAGUCGGUCUCUCAUCACUCAUGACCUUGAAGACAUCGCCCUAUGCUGUAAUACCUUAUGUAACAAAAGACCCGAGGAUGUUGAAGUUUUUGUGCAUAAUAAGAUGCCUCCCACUGAAAAAAUGCCCCUUUUGUGAGUUUCAUAGGACAAGCUCUGAUGUUAAUUCUUUAAAGGUAAAAAAAAAUCCUCUCCCCCGUACAGGUGUUAUGGCAGCUGGACAUUUUCAGACGCAGCUUGAGGCAGCUACCUGGACACUUCUGUCUGGGAGAAUCCUGCAUCUUCUGUGCGCUGAAGGUAAGAAACAGUCGGAGUCAUAUGUGGAGAAAACGCCAAGGCAGCUUUAAACCUGAAUUUGGUGACCUCUGGCAUUUUAAGUUCUAGCAUAUGUAGUAAAUUAGUAUCACAAUCAUAAGACUGACUUUAUGAUCUAUUUAUUGACAUUUUUAUUUGCAGGUUUAUCAAAAAAACUUUUCCUGGUUUUAAGCUGUUUUAAACAUCGUUUAAACGGCUCACUACUCUUUUCAUAUUUUGUUUUCUGAAAACAGUUUGUUUGCCAAAUUGGUGAAUAGAUUUUGAUAGAUGAUACUAGAACGCUGAAUUUUCAACUUUUUCAGUUUAACUUUUAAGUAACAUCAAAAAGUUCAAGGAAGACUUACAUUCUGUUUAUAAAACAGGCCUGUCACUGUGUGUUUUAGCCUCAAACUGUGGUUUAAGUAACAAUACAUAGUCCUCAUUUUAUCUAUCAAUCCUUCAGUGUCCAUAUUAGGUCUUUUAAAAAAACAAAAAGCUUUCAAUAGACUUGAAAAAAUUUUAGCUGCCGCCAAUAUUCCCACUGUGACUCGUCUAACAAGAAUGUCCCUGUCUGACAUCUCCGAACAAAAUAAUGUAUUGCAGAACACAUGAGAAAUUGCACUGAUUGCACAAACACUGAAGGUGACUAUGUGCUGUGUACUUGACAAGAUAUGACCUCUCAGUACACAUUCAUAGAGAGCAUGAGGGUGGGACUGAUCCAGACCGAUAGGAAUGUUGCUGUUUCACCAUGUGACCGCUGUUUUUACCUGAAGCUAAUGGCUGUUAAAGUUAAAGGACUGACUUUGAAGUGGUGUCCCUCUUCUUACGAUUGCUCUUCGUGUAACUAAAAUGAGAUUAUUUGUUCUUUUUUUCAUACUGAAUUUAAGUCAGAUUUUCCGCAAGACAACUUGAGUCAUGGUGUAUUACUGUUUCACUGCAAAAAACAAAACAAAAAAAACACUAGAAUUGCCCUUUAAAUCAGUCGACACUGAUAUGGCAUACAGCGCUCAGUAAAGAUCUGGUCAAGUUUGAGUUCCUGCUUGUCAGCAUAAAUAAAGCAACUGUUUAGGUCACAUAUUUAGACUGUUCAGAGGGAAGUGAGGAGGACAUGUGCUUUUAAUAAACUCAAUGUCUGGUUGUCCAAGAGCAAUCAAAACCCUUCUUUUCCUCUUCAGGGAAUUUUCUCCCAGUUCCAGCACAGUCGGGAGCGCGCCCUGCCCUCCGACAACCUGCGUCUUGCCUUGGCAGAGACCUUUAAGGACGAGCAGCGCUUCCAGCUGGGCUUCAUGGAUGAUGCCGCAGAGUGCUUUGUAAGUUCCCGUGGCAACUUGGCUGUCCUGAGGGAGGGAGGGGUGGCGCAUGUGUGUGUGUUCUUUUUUUUUUAUGUGUGUUACCCUGCUGCCUCAGAGUUUGGGGAUUGCACAGAAACAAACUGUUAGGCGAGGUCACUGAAAGAGCUUUUGUCCCUCCCUUCCCCUCCCUUCUACCCCUGCCACAUUGCCACUAAAUAUCAUCAUGACAGGUUAUAUAAGGGCCACAGUUUUGUUUGAACCUCUCUGUUUUCUGAUGCUAAAUUAUAGUGCAUUGUCGUAGUCCUUUGAAAACUCAAUUUCAUGCACCCUUCUUUAUUUUUCACCUUGGUUCUGCCCUUUUGGUUAUUUUUUUUUAAUAACAGACCAUCGCUUGGUUGUAAGUUUUUCCCCCAAAUGCAGCGUAAUUUACCAUUUUUUUUUUUUUUUAAAUAAUGAAAAAACAUCCCAGACUAUAAAAAAAGGACUGACAGCAUUUCUUUACAGAAGCGUGUUGCAUUCACCAAAAAAAAAAAUCUGUUUUUGAGUAAAUUUGUUUUCUUUUCUUUUCAUAAUCAUUUAAAAACAGAUGCUUUCAUCCCCCUCUGCUUAAUUUAUUGGAAGCAAAAAUGGCCCACUUGUUUAGUUUCAUCAAGUUUUACUGUCUUUUGGGUUUGAGACACUGGGAGAUACUCCUUUCUUUAAGUCAAAUAGAUGGAGUCGUCAUAAGCUUGUUUACUUUGCGCAGGCAUCUCAGGAUUUGCAUACCCUAUGUUUAACUAAUAACAUGCUUUACUUUGAUUGACCCUGUAGUCAAAGUUAUCAAGGAGCUGGAUAAUAUGCUGAUUUGAAGCAGCCGCAGUGUUUAACAUUGUUUAUUGCAGGAUUUUGAAGUAUCUUGCUUAGUUAGGAAAAAAAUUGUCUGAAAAACAGAAAGAUGAAAAAAAUAGUACAAAAAACAGAAUAAAAAUUUGUCUGAAAAAUGGAAAGAGGAGAAAAAAAUAUUAUUACAAAAAAACAGAAGAAAAAAUAGUCAGAAAAACAGAAAGAAGAAAAAAUAUAGUCAGAAAAACAGUUACAAAAAAAAAAAAAAAAAACGGUUUCCUUUUUUUAAGUAAGUGAAUGCAAUACGCUUCAGUAUUUCUUUACCUUUUCCUGUAUUCGAUUAUUUUUUGGUAACUUUUUCUUUCUCUUUGCUAACUUUACCUCAAAAAAGAAAACAACUUUGCUGCUUUUACUUUGUUCGUCUGCUGUGACUUCUUUGAUUUAGAUCGGCGUUCAUGUGCCAAAGUCACCGUCUUUUUAUGACAGUCUUCAUUCUUAAUCCCACAUCGAUCUUUGCCCUUGAGCAUCCUUCAUAUAAUGCAAUGGCAGCAGUGUGCAGCCUCAGGAUUUAUGUGAGGAGUAAGCCAGUGUCAGGUUUACAGGCUGUGAAGUUCGACUUACGAUGGUUGCAGGCUUACCUGCAACCUUAACAUUGUAUAAACUCACAUGCACUCAGUAGAAACAGGUGGGAGAUAAAACUCAGAAUAUGCGGCUGUUUAAAUGCUGUCAGGUUUACAAUGAUACUCCUAAAAAUUGAGCUCUUGAUGUGUGGCAGUGCGUGGCAAGGUGCUGAAGUUCUUUGCUCUUUGAAAGACAAAGAGUAGAAAAAUCAGUAGCCUCUGGUGCUUGUAAACAGGUGGCUUUACGACUCCCAUAGUUGAAAAUAUUUUGUCAGAUUCCUGAUAGAUUAUCCUUUUGUGCCACAGGAGAACAUUCUGGAGAGGAUCCACCUGCAUAUUGUGCCGGAGGAGACAGAUGCCUGCACUUCAAAGUCAUGCAUCACGCAUCAGAAGUUUGCUAUGACUCUUUAUGAGCAGGUGAGUAAGGGGUUAGACUACCAGACAGCCGUGUGUCGUCAUUUUACUUUUGCUUUUCCUUUUCAUGCCUUAAGUGCGCCUUUAUUUUGAAACUGUAGAUGUAUCACUUUGAGCUGUGUUUGUUUGCACAACCUCUGCAGUAUGUGUGUGCAGGCUGAACACAGCAGCCAAUGUUAAGAUUAAGCAGCACACACACGCAUAGACAGGUACAUGAAUCACUGUCUGGGACAGUAGAAAUCCAAUCCGUCAUGUUUUGAUACUGGGUUGCCCCAGUGGAAUAAGGAGGGUGUUUCUGGUCUGAUUCCACUGUGCAGAAGCAGCACCAGAUAAAUCACAGAUGGUAUACACAUAAAUUCCAGCACACACACACACUCAGACACACAAACACACACACCAACACCCUUCCGUGAGACUGUGAUACCCAUCAUUGACACCAUCCCAAACCAGUUCCAUCUCGGUAUCAAACAGAUAAUACGUCUUUGUACUAAAUCCCCUAGGGGCACAGAGUGGAUUUCGUUCCACCCUGACUUCUGAGCACCCAAUCCAGUAAAUAUUAUCGAGGCCUGAGUGAGGAUUGCUUUACUCAGUUUGUAUUUUAGAAGCAAUCACAAGGAGGACAGCUAGACAGGCGUGUUUUAAUCUCUUGAUGACGUUUCAAAUAUACAAGAACGUCAACAGAUGAACUUUUUCAAACCUCAGGAAGAAGAUUAAUAUUCCCCUUUUUUAAAAACUGUCUUUGUAAGUCUACCUAGGGUUUAAUUAAAAUGUUUCAGAAUUGUAAUGUUUUUGUGAAAACAUUUCACUACUUUGACUCGUAAAAUUAAUUAAAAUAUGGCAGCAUGACUUUUAAAAAGUUUCCUUUUCAUGAAACUUUUUGAUAAAGCAAAAUAUAUUAUAUAAAAAAACAACAAAGACUUUAAAAUUGUAAAUCAAAUCAAUUAUUGAGAGCUUUUCACAAGGCAAAUGCCAACACAAACAAAUAAGACGAUUUAUUUUUAUCUUUUAAAAGACGGAUUUUUAUUCUACCAGUCCAAGAUUUUUGCGUAAACUUAUUGAGCAGAAUAAGAUUUUUUAAAUAUCCUUUUAAGCUCUUUUUCAUAUGGGAUUUGAUGAAAUUAUAAAGCCAACCCUUACCUCAUGUAUUCCCCUUGUUUUUACCGUAUAAGUUUGCUCAUGCUGAGAAUCUUGAGAAUAACAGAAAAACUUUUGUUGUUGAGACAGACUUAAGACAAACAGGAGGCAGUCAUAUUGUUAAACUUAAAAUUUGGAAUUUUUUUUCCAAAAUGUUUUGCUAAGGUACAUCGAAACUUAACCCCUGCAGUCCAUGAUUCUUCGUUUACUGUGAAAAUAAAAAGAGGUCACGCACUCAGAAAGAAAUGAGCUAACUUGAUAGUCUUUGUCUGCUGACGUCUCACAUAUAGUUUUUGUUCAUCAUCACUCUCUCUGUCUCUCUCCUCUCUGCAGUCUGUGUGCCGUAGCUGUGGGGCAUCCUCUGACCCACUGCCGUUUACAGAGCUUGUGCAUUAUGUCUCCACCACCGCACUCUGGUAAGGCACAGGCAAAAUGAAACUUCCUUCACUUUCCUCCAUUGUCAUCUGUCCAGCUCCACUCUGUUUACACAAUUCCUGCCUUUCUUUGCACAUUUGUCACAAGGACAACUUUUUAGCUGACAUUUCACAUGCAACAGUUUCCCCCCCUCUCUGCACACACCUUUAUCUUUAUUUUUCUCUGUCUGUCACUUUUCCUCUCGCUGCAGUGUUUUUGUCCUGCUGACAAAGACUCUCUUUUUCAGUCAACAGAAUGUUCAGCGCAGGGACGAGUCUUUUGGGGAACUGUUACAAGCUGCAAGUACAAUAGGAGACCUCCGCAACUGUCCAGUAAGUGUUUGUAUGCAAAGUGUUCUUAUUAGCAAUGAGUAAAAAUGCUCCAGUUUCGUGCGAUAGCUAUUCCUCAGCAGCGUAGCUAUUCUUCUUCUUCUCUAUUAUUUGUUGAGUAAACUUUCUUCUGGAGUGCAGUUUGGUUUUUGAAGUAAUUUUUACUGACUGGCCAGUUUUGGAGUCCACUUGGUAAUUGGGCAGAGUUGCUUUUGGACGAAACUUGAGUCAUUUUUUUUGUGUCUUUUGUUUUCCAGAGCAACUGUGGCCAGAGGAUAAGGAUCAGACGGGUCCUCAUGAACUCCCCCGAGAUAGUUACCAUCGGCUUCGUCUGGGACUCCGACCAGUCAAACCUCAUAGAGGAGGUUAUCAGAUCACUCGGGCCUCAUCUCAGCCUUUCUGCAGUGAGUCAGCUUUACCCAGCUUUUUCUGUACAUUUUUGUCGUUUUCAACCUCUCCAUUAAUAUUUAGUGACCUGAGGUGACUGGAAAUCCCACAGAGAUUAUUUCAGGAAAAGAAAAUGUCACCGAUUUUGAAUGGAUUAAAGAUUAAGGUUGUUUAAAAGUGAUCUAACAACAUCAAGCUGGAGCAUAUCUUUGCUCUUGUGUGAGGAAAUAAUAAGUUCACAUGGUUUAAAUGGUUAGGAUCUUUUCUAAACCACAGAGCUGUCUUUUUUAUCUUUGGCUGUUUUCUUUGGUGCAAUCGAACAUAUGUGGGAAAUAAAGUGGGGAUUUAUUUCUCUGUAAGUAGGGCCAGUUGCGUAAGCAGUUAACGCCCGAUGCCCAGUUGGCUUGCACCACAGAGCAAAAAGCCCGUCCUGGCCUUGGUUGGCUUGUCCAAAAGCCCCUCCUUUCUCCUCUGUGUUUUCCUGUGCAUGUGUUUGUGUGUCUGAGGGAACAUGUGGGCCGAAUGGACGUCACUAAAAUUGCAGAAAGAACAUGUUUCCAAGACUGCUUUUGUUGCAGUGUUUAUAUUCACACAUUCUUCAUACUAAGGGUGCACAAACAUGGUUUUGUUUCUUUUUUUUUUUUUUUCUGUGUUCGACACAUGAAUACAAGUGUCUGACAUUUUCACAUAAAAUAUGUAUGGCCUGAUUUGGAAAAUAUUCCUCCAGAGCUAGUCCACAUCAACCCACUGUGUCUGCAGACAAAAAAAAAGACAAAAAUCAAUCAGUGAAGUAGAGAUCAGGGCGAACAUUACAUUACAUAACUUUCCUAUUGAAGUUUCAAACCGCUUAUUUGACGGCUCCCUCUUGCGUGGCUCCAAAGCAGACCAUCAGAAGAAUUUGUCAGAACCCCCCUCCCACAAGUGUGCCACAAAGCCCUUGAUUCAGUCGAGAGUGUUUCAUGUGACUUUGAGUGUUAAAGGGAGACCUCCACCCCUGUCGUUGGCUUUGAAUCUAUUGUUUGAGAGAGUGAGAGGGGCACAGAGAACUGGUUGUGCAGGAAAGAUUGGGAGGUAGAAACACGCAGCUGUCCGGCCAAUACCUCUACUAAAUGCUGCACAGGGUACACUGGGCUAUACGGGGUCAUUCUGAUUUAAUUUCUCACAGAAAUCAGAUUCAGAUAACAAACCUUUAGCAUCCCAUAUUUCAUUAUUUUUCUGUACAGCUGCUUUCCACUCACUCAGAGUCUGAACAUGAUGUUUUCUUUCAUUUUUGUGGCCUGGCUAAAUCCAGCAGCUCCAUUUAUAUGACCAGUCAAGACAGCAAAUUUACACCCCUAUAAUUUCCUUUAAUGGAAAUGUUGCCGAGGCGUGAUGGUGGGACCAAGUCGUCUCGCUUCUGUGCUGACAUUGGAGGUAGUAAUAGAGGCAUUAGAUUUCUGUAAGACUGCAUAGCAGACAGGGUGGAGCUGUGUGUGUGUGCAUGUCUGUGUCUGUGUGUGAGUGUGCAGAGCUCAAGCUGAGUGUCUACUCUUCUGCAUCUGUGGCGUCAUAAUGAUUUAAAAUCUCAAACCGUGGUGCCAGCAAUAUGCUAUUACAGGAUCACCAUUAGAAGUGCAGAAGUGUGGUGACAGAAAAGCUUUGUUAUGGCACAAACUGAGCCACUUGAAAUAAGCUAAGCUAAUGGUAGCAGCAGCCUAGCACCUCCUGGGAAAAAGGAAAUUCUUACAUGAAACUGCUUUAUUUUGUUUUGAGUUUUGGGGUGCAUGGCAUUAGUGAAUGUAUAACCAUCAGCAAUACAAAUACAAAUAAAGCUCUAAAAAUAUCUUAAUAGUGUCCACUUAAACCAACAUUAAUGUUUGGAUCAGUCAUUCUUAAAAUUAGCUAAAUCAUGUGGCAAAAUUAAACUUGACUGCAGCUGGUGAGUAUCUUGCUUCCAUGUUGUUUUUUCAACUAAGAGGCCUGGGGAUUAUUUUGAAGGACAAAACAAAUGGAACAAAUGUUAAAAAUUGAAAUUAAAUCCAAAGAGGACUCUCUGAUGAAAGUAUGUUUUGAGAAGGACAGGGAAGAAAAAAAAGGUUUGUUCCUUGUUAGCUGAAGAAACAAGAAUGUUCAGUCUGAAGAACCACAUUGACUUGUUGUGACACUCGCUGACCUAAUUUAGCAUUCAAGGCUUAAUCUGAUGAUUUAGUGUUGAAACAACAUCUACUUUUUCUACUUCUUUUGACCUCAUUCCUUUUCUUUGGUGGUAGUUUUACAUUUACACACAGGGUCAGAAUUGAAGAACAAAACUUUGGGUCUCAUUGUAUUAAUGUGAGGCUAUAAAAAAGACCCUCUAGAGAGCUGUAGUUUUUGUCUGAACAUCAGUCUCUUUGAAGGCACGGAUUCAAAUGAACCUUUAUUGGGACUGAUAAUCAAAUCAAUGACAGGUCAUUCCCUGAGACCUUAAUCUAUAACAGAUGGACUCACUGAUUACACCAGCUAUCAAUAUCAUUUACCUUCCAGCACACUUACUCUAUGUGGCAUUAGGCGAUAUACUGCACAGUGUAUUAAUGUAUACCUACCUAUGUUUGUGUGUGUUUGUGUGUGUGUGUGGACACAGCUCUUCUACAGGGUGACAGAUGAGCAUGCCAAAAAGGGAGAGCUGCUGCUCGUGGCGAUGAUCUGCUACUCCAGCUACCACUACUGUGCCUUCGCCUUCCACACCAAGUCUUCCAAAUGGGUCUUCUUUGACGAUGCCACGGUGAAAGAGGUGAGAGAGGGUGAAUUAAUCAAAAAGAUAAUCAACUGUGUUGGUCUUUUUGGACAUGUACACCUUUGUGUUGAUUAUAGGUGUUAAUAUUGAAGUUGAGGUUAUUUUUUUAAGAUCAUUUUUUUAUUUCUUUUGCAUAUUUGUUUGUAUACCCUUACUUUAUAAAAUAUUUUUUAGUAAAUAUAUUGAUUCAAAAUGAUCAAAAUUAUUGAUUGGGUAAUGUUUAAAGGUCCUUUUUUCCUUAUGAUAAAUAAUUAAAAAAAAAAAGUUCAACCUUUUUCAUUUUACAAAUUAUUUACAAUGAUUACAAAUUACCAAUUUUAAAAAACAAGGAAUGUCUAUCUGCAUACUGUUCCAGUUUUUUAAAGCCAAGAAACUGUUGAAUCAACAGAUAAACAUCUGGAUUUGAAUGUGUUGUGGUGCAUCUACUAAAAAAAAAAAAAGGGGGGGGGGAACUAUUCUGGUUCAUUUUUCAGGUGAUAUCAUAAAGUUUUGAUAUAAGGAUUGUUUGCACAAAGUUUCAAGUUUUUUAAUAAAAAAAAAACAAAAAACAAACAAACAGUAAAAUGUUCAGUUCUGAGUUGCUCACGGCAAUAGAGAGUCGCAAUUUUCUGUCUCCAAUCUCCAUCACCAAGUCUCUUUAUCGCCCAAUAAGGCUUACAUCGAUUGCCCUUCAUGAGCCUCUGGGUUGAUGAGCCUUUAUGGCACUGAAGAGUCAGCCUACCUCCCAGCCCCCACCCCUAUUUCUACUGCAGUACCCCAACUCUGUCAUCGCAAAGUACUGCAGUAGUGAGGUGAAGCAUGACCAGUACAGAUUAUUUCACUGAUCCCCCCAUUGGUUAAAGUUGAAGGGUUAUUGAGAUUGCCGAGCUGCUCUGUGCAGGUGUGUUUAAUCUUUGUGUGUAAAAGCUCUUAUUUGUGUCUGUCUGUUUUUGCAAGCUUGUGCUUUUGUGCUGUAUUGUACAGUACACAGGCUGUGAAUCCUCAUCCCUUCCUUUUACUAAAUAUUGGAUUUAUUUUCAUGGUGUGCAAAUAUGAGCGCCCCUUUUGUCUCACACGCUCACAAUUUUCUCGGGGACUGUGGUGCAGCGGCUGGCUGGCUCUGUGUCAAUCCAUCAGCAGCUUGUGCUGUGUGUGCAGAACCCCCCCUCUACCCCCUACCCCCCCAACCCCCAGCUGAGAUGGAGGAGCUACAGUGCUCAUCAGCGUCUGCCAAGCCCAUACCUGGGUCGAAACUUGCCAGCAUUUCUGUGACUCCCCAAGUCCCAGCUGCUAAAUGACUGCUGCUGCGGUGUAGCUUCAUUUUCUGCUUUUUUCCAGUGCAAGAGAAUCUGUAUGUUUAAUGAAAAGAGGUCUAAUGAUUCGCUUUUCUUUACCUCAUCUUUCCAUCCCUCUCAUCCUCCCGCCUCCCUCCUCUUCUACCUUCAUUUGCUUAAUUAAGAAGCACACAAGCAUCUGUUAGCCUGCAGCCUGCCUUUGUUGUGCCUCGGUGGCGAGACACGCACCUUACUCAGCUUACUCAGCUAAUGUGAUUGUGCGAUUUAGCCUUGGUGUGUUGUAUUCAUUCACAACUUUGACUGAACAAAUAUUAUUUUAAAAAAUGUGAGGUUUUAUUUUGAAGCUGCAAUAUCUGUCUGUAAAGAUAUUCUUAUGUUUGGACCUGCAAUGGAGAUCGGAAAUGUAAAAAUAAACCCACUGGUAUCUUGUGUUUCUGAAUUUCUGCAUUGGGUGCUCUGACCUCCUCUUCCUCUUUGACUGUUGUUUCAGAUUGGCUCCAGGUGGAAAGAUGUGGUCAGCAAAUGUAUCAAAGGUCACUUCCAGCCUCUCCUCCUCUUUUACGCCAACCCUGAUGGGAGCGCAAUCACCGCAGAUGAUGCCUCAAAACAAAACAGCAGCCACUCUCACUACAAGACAUCUGUGAAUGGAGAUGUGCAAGGUAUGAUCUGAAACUACAGAAACUAGAUCACCUUUUACUUGAAUUAGUGAAGUACUUUUUAUUCAGCUAGUUGUGUUUGUCCCUCCUCUACGACACCACAAAAGCAGGGAUGUUGUUCCUGGAGUUCGACAAACUUUCCCUCUGUCUCACGGCACCUUAUUCAUCAUUCCUCUUCUGCUUUGCUAUUUUGUUUAGUUCACACUCAUGACUUUACAUGUGCAGAGCGCUCUGUGCUCUCAUUGGUCAAUGUCAGUGUUGUUGAAGGCAGAAAGAAGAUCAAACAUGCAAGACUUUCUGUCAGGAGGUUGUGAGAUGCCUUAGAUGUGGCCUUGAUUUUUACAUUACGCAGGAUAGAGCGAUCAAUUAUUCGGGGCUGACUGGUCCUGAAACAUCCAUCUGCUGGAUCAGACUAUGACUGUGUUUAUAGCCUGUGGCCUGACCUCCACUUAAAAAGCGUUUUCUCUUUAAAUUUCUUAUUUGAAUACAGGGUUGCACUCAUUAAUAUAAGUCCCAGAUAAUGAACAAAUGUGGGACUGGAUGUCAGUUGUACAAAUUUACAAAAAAAUAACCCUUUAAUUUAACUGUCUUUAAGUAAAAUAAGAUUUUGUUAAAUAUUUCAAAGGUCUCUGUGAUCACAAAUCCAGAUAGAUGUAAUUUCCAGGACACCUCAGCACCAUACAGUAGGCUCAAAUACAGGACUGUAGAGUUAAAUCAAUGCCACACAACAAAUCUACUAUGACAGCUAUUUACAAUUAUUUGCUGACAGGCUCAUAUCUGUCACCAGGACUUAAACAGGUCGAUACCGAUACCCAUUUAAUACUGUCUACUACAAAAGAACUGUCUUAUUCUGACAAAGUUAUUGUUUUUUUUUAACAUUGAAAAGGACAUUUGGUAUUAAAUUUAAAUAUUUGUUUAGUUUAAGUGUGACUUAUUUGACUAAUUCAGUUUUUUACCCUGUACAUCGAGCUGAAUUAAUUUGACUUUAAACAAAUAUGAUAAUUUAACAUGUUUGCAUCUUAUAAAGAAAAAAAAUCUCACUUUAUUUGAAAAUCACUUUUAAUACAAAUCAGGUUCAGAGAAACAUCAGCAAACAGAAAAACAAGUCUUUAUAGGGCGUGUUAAAUCCCGGAUCAUAAGUUGCCUUUGCGGGCAGUAAUGAAAAUUUGUUUAUGAGCAGCUCUGCUGUUUGGAUUAUAUAUCCCUGGAUUUGUUUGGUUGGGGAGGUUUUUAUCCCCUUAAAAGAUCCUCCUCCAACUCUGUGUGCUGGCCCUGCCCCAGGUCCAAGCUGUGGCAUCCGCUCACUGGCCGUCAGAGCUAACAGGGCGCAGGACCAAACUGGAUCAUCCUUCGAAAUAGAGAAUAUUGUGCGGAUUUUGUCAUCUAAAUUGUGUUUCUUAUUUUCAGGUGCAGUCUAGCUAUUUAUGGGUAUCGAAUUUAUGUUUGAUCGUAAAACUUAUGUAACAAGGUUUACUGCAUUUUUGUUAGAGAAAGACAGUCCUGCUUCAUGGCUUCUGCUUGAAAGAUUUGUUGUUUAUUUUGUUUGCUCUGCAGGUUUGGAUUCUCCAAACUUGACUCCAAAGAAAUUGGACCUGACCAGGGAGAAUCUGAACGCUUUCCUGAGCCAGGACUCUUUCAAACAGAAAUCUCCUUCAAACUUCAGCAGGGGCAGUGCUCAAACCAGUGCAGGACGGGGACCAGGUAAGACACAAACUAUGCAAGAAAUCUGUUUGCAAUAAGGGGACAAAUGUUGUACUGAGCCUUAAUUCAAUUUCAAAGGAAUGAGCAUGUUUGAAAAGUCUUUUUCCACUUGUUUGAAAGUUUAAUAAUUUGAAAAUAAAGCCAGGAUCUAAACACACGCUUGAUUCUUGCCACAUGUGAGACAAUCAACAGAUGAGUCACGUGGUUUCGGUGAUUGAAGUUUUUAGCCUUGAAUUAAGAAUUUUGAUGAUUUCAAUUCUGGAAAAUCAACCAGAGGAAGAAACCUUGCAUGUAUUUUGCUGCAAAGCUUUAUCAGCAUGGGUCAUGUUAGGGAUUAGCAGACUUGUUGAAGAGAGUAUUCAUUAAAGUGCUGCAAAUUCGGCACAUGGACAGGACACAAGAGAAAAUGGUGUUCGAACAAUAAAACAGGUAGAAUUACAGCUGAUUUAAUGACCCUACACGUUUAAUAUUUACAAUGGGGCUUUUUUAAGUUCUUGUUUUGGUGGAGUCCAAGAAAUAGUCUCAAAACCCGCCUGGUAUAUUUGGAAAUAUCAUCAUCUCCUCACAGUGAUUCCUGUUGAAAGCUCAGACAGCAAACAGACCCCACAGUAUGAUCAUGUUUUCAUGUUUUCCUCUGCCAUGACUAAUCAUCGCGUUUCAAAGUGAAUAUCUGUCAGAGACGGGCCAAAAAAAGUCACUGCGCUGCCAUGUUUUCGCACUGCUACCUUCCCACUCUCGUAGCUGAAAAUGUACUGAAGUAUGUGUGAAGUUUGACUUUGUGUACACACUCUGCAACUGUCUUGUGCCUUGGGGGGUGCAGGGGACUAAAAGUGGAAAUAGAGAAAGGAAAAGGAUGUGGUGACACUACAUAUCUAUACAUACACUCAGACGGAAAUACUUGUAAUAGUGACUGACUGCAGUGAUGGAAAUUCCCUCCUGAUGCAAGUGAGGUUCAACUGAGAAGGAAAAAAUAUACACUCUGUCUCUUCUUCAGGAAAAAGUGUAAAAUUCCUGAUGGUUAAACCUGACAUUUUUGUGUUUCUCCAAGUGAAAAUGAGCGAUCCCAAGAAUCGCCUCAGGGAGAUUUCUCGAGAAGUUGCCCAGAAAGCUGGAGAGGUGCGUGGGAUGCAUCCAUCCAGAAGAGACCCUGAUAGGAGCGGUCAACGGAGGAUAGAGUCACGCUACAGAGGUGAGGUCAUUCUGGACGGUAUGUGGAUGUAGAUAUAGAAAGAGGUGAGCACGAGAACAGAGAGGCUUUUAGGUACAAAAGGCUAGCCUUCCUCUUCCCCAGCCCCCCUUAUGUAACCAGGAGCAAUGUGUCAGAAAAGGGAUUAAGUGCUGACGUCUGUAGACGGAGCCUGCCUCCAUCUCACUCUCUCUUACUCAGAGCUAGUCUCCUCCUUUCUGAACAAACAUAAAGUUAAAUUAAGUAGAAACACAGAUUAAUACUGCAUUGUUUAAUUAAAGGACUAGAUGACCUUUUUCCCACAUCCCCCUCCUCUUUAUCAAUCACAAUUCCAGUGUGUUUAGCUAUCUACUUCACUCCUCUUUUGGAUCAACUCCCCUUUCAAUUAGUGAAGGGAUCACAGUGCAAAAAUUGAAACUUCCAAAUCCGCCACACCAACAGCAGCAGCCGCCUGUGUUAGCAGCUAGCUCACAUCCACGUAUGAUUGAAUGCUGUAGGCUAAAGGGGUUUUGUGUUGCUGUUGUGAUGAAUGCAGCAGCUGUAGGGGACACCGCAGUUAAUGUAAGUGGUAAGAAUGUACCGCAGAAGCAGAGUGGCUCAUGGCCCGGGCUUGCAACGAACGAAAAACUCCUCUCUAGGCAAGAAAAAAAAGAAAACUGGAGAUGUGCUUAAAGAACUUGUGGGAAAGCCCUUAGGUAUUUAAAGAAUGAUCUACGGCUGUAUUAAUGCAGACAUGUUUCCGCUCUCGCAAAAUGAUCCACUGCCUUGUUCACUGCUGACAACACGGAGGAGGCGGCUGAAACUUUUGAAAACACAUCGGUUUAAUAUAUAUAUGAGCCGAAAUGUAGAGAGCGGUGUUUGAAGUGAUUUAACUCGGGCACUCAGUCAGCAAAAUCCAAAGCAAUAGGGACUCAAUCUCUUGUGGGUUAUUUCCAAGGACUGACAGUUAUAUGUGGCAUUAAAUUCACUUUUUCUAUCCUGAAGCAGGACGGUACAAGAGAUCUGAUUUUCUAGGACAAUUGAGUCACAGAACUUUUAUAUACUUAAAUUUAAAUUGUAUCACAAAGGAAAUGGAUUAUUUUUGAACAUUUUUAUAUUAAUUGAAAAGAAAAUUCUAGGAAAAUUUUCCAGGAAGGAUGUCUGCUCUUCUAUUUAAAAGUGUCUAUUAUGGCUGGAAGUGUCCUUAGAGUUGCAGACACACUAUCACAUGCUGACUUGUCACUGCAUUAAAAAAAAAAGCCUUUGUGUUCCUUCACAUGUAGAAACACAGAAGUGCUAUUUUUCAUCAGCGGCAUCUGCGUGGGCUGGCUACCCUCUGUGUACACAACACGAGGAAAAUCGACCCCUGUCGGCUGUAAUUUACACCUCCCUGUCAUCCGCAGACAUAAAUGUCAGUAACCCUGUUGUCGUCAUGCCCUUCUCUUACUUUCUGCACGACCUGCACUGCACUGUCACAAGGCUUGCUGUCUUAUGGUCAGAGUGCCAGUGAAAGCCAGUAAUUGGUUAUUUACAGCACUUUCAUUUAGUCCCCGAAUGAAAGACCCAUGUAUGUAGUUUAUUCUAUCUUAUUUUUCUGAUGUUUGUGUCGGCAAAUUCAAGGUGAGAAAUACUUAAAGUUGGUAAAUUUCAAACAUGUACUGUGAUCUUCAAGUCUUGAUUUCUUAAUUUGCUUAUUUUUUAUUUUUUUAAAACCAGAUCCAGGUCACGACAGGACCUACUCCCGCUCCGCCUCCCCUCCAGAGAACGGCUUCAGACAGCAUCUUGAAACCCGGCUGUACAGCAGCCAAGGAAAAGGUCCCACUCGGACUGAGCGGACACCCCACUUUGGUGGAAGGUCUUCACACGAGCCCGCACGCUCACAUUCAAGGGUGCAAGUGUUGCCUGGUGUGCCCAGUAUCAGCAGUGGGCAUCAGAGCCGCAGGUUAGAGCAGGUUUCGAAUGGAUACGACACAGACAGCAGCCAGGACUCCAGAGAGCGUCCUGGAAGCGCAGGGAACGGCCGCAGCAGGGCCAGCCGCCCCUGGAAGCCCAUGCGGGAGGCGCUGAAUGUGGACAGUGUUAUAAGCAGCGGUGGGAAUUCAGCGACUCAAGAGCGAAGGCAGCACAGUCCCAGGAGGAGACCCAGCAGUCAGUCGCCGUCCCGGGAUAGAGAGAGGGACAGAGAUUACACAUGGGGCGGCAGAGAAGAACGCAAACCAAAGAGCCUAAUGACAAUCUAUGAGGACGAGCAGAGGCAUGAAACUGGAGGCAGCAGGAGCUCUCUGGACUCAGACAGCCGGGGUGGCUACAGUGACAAGGACAGGUCAAAGAGCUCAGCGACUCUAAAAGUGCGAAACGACAACUGGAAGAUCCAGAGGACUGAAUCUGGAUAUGAAAGCAGCGACAGGCUAAGCAACGGCUCGGCAAACCUGGACUCUCCUGUUGUGGAGAAUCUGUCUUCCAAGGACCUGCGGCCAAUCCCUGAGCUACAUCUAACAAGGUAAAUCAACUCCCACAAAAAUCUUCUCGCUGCAAAAUCUCGUAGCGGAAACGGCAAUUGCACGAUUUCUGCCGUGUGAUCGCCUGUAUUAGAAGGCUGCUUAGUCAUGCCCAACUCUCAAAAGUGCUGCCAUUUGUGAAUGAUUAAACAUAACACACAAACAGCUCCAAGAAUAGCUAGACCCAUUUAACAUAAAUGCUCGCAAGGCAGACGCAGCAGCCUUAUUAUGCCAGGGCCGUGGUUUGUUGGCUUUGUUGUGCAGGUCUUGUUUGGAGUUAAUGAUCCCAACUAGCUGACACCUCAUGUGCUCGGAGAAGAGAGCAAGGAAGAUAGCUGACUUCCUAAACCGCUUCUGCAUUAUUUAAGCCUGUGUUUGGAUGGUAUUUUGACAAAGAGCGUCUUUGAUUUGUAAAUUUUCUUAUAGGUGAGACGUUCUCAAAAAGGGAAUACAAUAUGAAAUCCUGUUUUUGUUAUUCGGUAUGACAUUGGAUCUUUUGGUUUUCAUCCCAAACAUUGUUAUGCACUUGAUAGCAGAUAUGAGGCAUCCUCAAAUGACACAUAAUAAAAAUCAAUCAUAACAACAUUAAAAAGAUUGAUGACAAGUACUUGUGUAAGUUUUAACAACAUGAUGUGUGUACGUGUGCGAUCGCCACAGCCAAGAAAAGAAUGAUGCAUGACUCCAUAUUGAUUCCACCGCCGUAAAUCAUUCAUGAAAAAAUACAUAUUUAGGUGGAGGUUAUGAGGGUUUAUGCUGCUUUGAUGCUCACAGCAAGGAUCCAUCUUAUUCCUUUUAAGUGGUUGGUAAAAGAUCAAGCUCUGGGAUUUCUCGUGGCAAUCCACAGUGCAUGAAUAAUUGAAUUUAUUUUGUAUUUUAGGGAUCACUUCCCUCAGAGAAGAAAUGAUGAUUCGAAGGCUGACGUAUUGCACUCUGCAUUUUCCACUGGUGAGUAACUCUUUCAUACUUUGCUCCUGUACCAAAAAAAACAAAACACAGUUUUAUGAGCUUUUUAAUCUCCCAAAGUCGCCAAAUAAAGGAACAGUCUCUGAAAAAGGCUUGGCUGAUACAUUAUUACAGACAGACUUCUGUGUUUAGCAAGGAUCUGUAACAUUAAGACAGUACAGAGCAAUUCUCCUGAUUUAUCGUUCCAAUAGAACCGUGAAGGUCACAGCUUGAUCGAGAGGAUACAGUACAGAAAAUAAGGGGAAGUGUGUUCGGGUUCCUCACUAACUGGCCUUGACCUUUUUUUUUGCCUCUGAAAAGUUUGUGUUAUGCAACUCGCAGAAAAAUAGAAGUGGAUGAGAAAAAGAAAACUCUUACAGAACUUGAUCUUUUAAAAAAAAAAUCAGCCAGAUAUUUCAUCUUUGAUUUAAGAAAUUUUGCAAAGCAGUCUUUCUUACACUUCAAAAAAAUCCAAAAAAAGGGGAUUAAAAAAACACAAAUUGUUAGUGUCACAUAAAUUCUUGCAUCAGGAAAAAAAAUUAUUUUGUAGAUUUAUGUAUAAAGAAAUUUUGAAAGGGAAACCAGCGGAGCACUUAAGUUGUCCAAAUAAAAAAUGAUGAACCUCAAAUUUGAGUCAUGUAACAAGUUGCAAUAAUGGUUAUUUUUAUCUCCCAGACAGGAUGAAGGGAGAUUAGAUUACAUGAACAGUGCUGGGCGGGGGCUGGGUAGGGGGUUGUCGCAUGGACACCCGCCACAUGCUUUAUGUGCUUCAUGCCUGCUUGUAAUAAAAACAUCACCAGCAUAGGGAAAAUAUCUUUAUAGAUGAAAAACAUUAAAAAAAAAUACCUCACUAAUUCCUUACACAGGACAACAUGAGUUAAUCCUGAAUAGGAGGAGGAGAUGAGUGAGCUUGCAGGGGCCACCCAGCUGUGCCCAGCCGGGUGGAAAAUGCCAUGACUGGGCCUGUCAGAAGGUGGUAUUCGUACAUGAGGCAAACAAAAUGCCACUUUUUUUUUUUCAUUGCAGCACUGCAGUAAUUUCAAGGUCCUGGAGUUAAAAAAUACAGCAGCUAUUCAUUUCAUGUAGUUUGAUCCAGAGUUGAAACAUAGAAGUUAGUAAUUGCCCUGGGAGAAUCUACACAAGCUGAGUGAAUCAUGUGAAAGAGGACUUGGCAAAGAGACAAACACCUCUGUUUUAUUCAAUCACUACUACAACUCCCACUUUUAUAUUUAAUCUUGCCUCAUUUUUUUUUAAAAUCAAGGUAAACACGGCUAAAUUUUCUCAUAACUACUUGUAUAAACCUACAUUUAAAGGAUUCAGAUGGAGGUUAAAUAUUGUAAUUGGAAAAGCACCCAUUCUAUCUGCCCCCUAGUGUCUCAAAUAAAGUAUGACAGCCUACAACUCAUGCAUCUUUAAUCAUAACAUUAAAAAGGCUUAGUUUUUUUCUUUGUUGAAAGUAUCCACAGUUCUGUCUCGACUUAAUGCCCUCUAAUUUGACUCAUGCUUUGAAAAGCUGCUCUGUUUAUUGCUAAAUCUUAAAUCAGCCGUUAUUCCGUCAAAAGGCCUUUUGGGGUCUUUUCUCCAGUCGUUGUUUCAAGUCGUCUGUGAUAUUUAUGCCUCGCUGUCUGCAUAUUGUAUUGACAAGCUGCUGUAAAUGUUUCCAAAGUCAAUUUGGCUGAAGUUCAGCAGCGGUAGUCUGGCGUGAGCUGCCGUUUCAGAGAAGCCUGAGCAGAUUCCAGUAGUCCAUUAAAGUCCAAAAUCCUUUCUAAAAGCACACAGAUGUGGGAGGGCAGGCGCGAGGAGUUCAGCGACAAUUUUUAACCACAGGCGUUUAUUCUCUCGAUCGUCUGUUGCUUCAGAGGAGUGACCUGAAGUUAGUGUCAUCUCUGGGUCAGGGUCAUCUUCAUAGUCUUGUAGCCGACUGUCCUGUCAUUGCUCGCAUGAAAGGUUAGGGCUGUCAGGAGAUGGGUGCCCUCAAUCUAAACAACAAUCUCACGAAACAAUGUUUUUUUAAAAGUUAGGAUUACAUAAACAGAAGAGUCAUGCAAUAAAGUUUCUUUCAAUAAGCCUGAAAAACUAGAUUUAAGUGACAAAAUAUGAGGAAAAUCUGAUUUUUUUCACACGUCUUCUGAAUAAGCAUAUCAAGAGCUUUAUUAUCACUAAGCUUGACCAUCUACUUCACAGGCCUGCUGUGACUGAUCUAAUAAUCAUGCCAGAGCGAUAAUACAUAUUAACAUGCCUGUGCCAUAACCCCACAUACAGAAUCAGAUAUUAUUCUGUCUGAUGCUCCAGUUUGUGAUGGCUUCUCUGGGUUCUGGCCGCUGACAAGAUAUAAAAGUUGAACUCUUUCCCAAAGUUCAGUUUCCAGUUCAGGUCUUAAUGAAGCGCUGAACCGCAAAUAUGUAUGCAAGUCUGAUUGAUGCUGAAGAAUUUUAAGUACCCCAGACAGCACAGAUCUACAAAUCUCAACUUGACAGCCUCCAAUUGAAAUAUGUUGAUUUUUUUGUCUCUUUUUUGUUUUUAUCUUUCUUUUUUGUCACAUCAACAAAACUUCAAAGGGCCUGUCAGGAAAUUUUGCAUGAACAAUUUCUGCAAAACCUAGUUAGGGUUUACUUUCAUGGUCUGUGCGGAGGCAUAUUUUCUAUUUCCUCCGAGAGCUUCACUCCCUAGCAGAUGGAAUAAUUGAGCUGAUGUCGGAUAACGUCUGUGUUUCCCUCAGUUAACCGUCCUGAAUAUGUUUUUAGAGGAAAACAGCAGGCUCUAAACAGGUGCCUCUUGAACUUUUCUCAGAACUAUAUUUUUUCUCUGAUGGGAUUAGAGACCGGCCUGUGACUGAUUUACAUGACCCCACUACCUUUAUAUUUACAAUUUGUUUGUUUCCACAUAAAUGCUUUAUCGUCCUGGAUUCGAUUUGUCCUUUUUCUUCCCAUUUAGCACGGGGAUGUCAGGGGAUUUUUUUUUUUGUCACCACUUGGUGCAGUUUAGACAGUACAUUGAAUGCCACUGAGCCACAGUCUAAUCCAAGCAAUCACAGUACAUGGACAGAUUCCCAGGCAAGUGCAGUAGGCCGUGUAAACAGCAGGACACCUUGAGUACAUCUGUUUUUGCUGGCUGCAGUGGUGAUCCCCAAAUUCUACGGAAAUGAAUGUUUUUUGGACAUCGGUCCCGAUCUGAACCUGAAGAUUUGAUUUACACGUAUAGAAUUAAACAGUUUUUCUGCUUUCAGUGGUAGCAGACACUUUUCAAACCCAGCAGCCGGCUGUUUGUUUCUCUUUGAAGCCUUUGCUUGGCAAAAGCGUACCUUAGCAGAAAGAGGAGCGGAUUUUCUAGCAUCAUAAACAGCAUCUCUUUUUGUUUUUCUUUCUGAAAUAGAUAUUGUUACAUUUUGCUUGCCAACACGGCAGAUCAGCGUCAUCAAAUUGUGAAUUGCCACAUGGACUUAGCGGCUUAAAAAUGCAAUAGUGUAGCAGAGGGGAUCUGGAGUCUGGAGUCUGACCCUGGCGUAAUUGCAUGCCAGCACAAAGGAUUUAGCCACUAAUGCUUUGAGAGAGCACAGGGGGAAAAAAGGGGGUAUGCUGACACAUCACAGAUGGUCCUCAACCACUCACUCUCUCCCUCGUCCUGUUGGUCAGCUGUUGUCUGUCUCGGGCCUUGUAAAUCACACCAGCCAUGCUAACUUGGCUAAACUCCACACCGGCCCCCACCAAAAGAACUAUUUCUGAACCUGCUUGUGCUGAUCUCAUAGUUGAAAUCAGCUUUUAUCCUGCAGAGUUCAUUCCCCACACUUCAUAACAUAAAACUACAUGUAAAUGUGGGUGAUUUUUUUCUGUGUAUUUCUGUGAGUUUCUCCAGUGUCCUUAUUGUUUUAUUAUUAUUGUUGUCGGUUCAAUGCUAACGGGCCCUGGAUAUGAACCCAAAUUCCAUCCGAGGGGCCGUGUUCUUUGGCUGGAUCAGACAGUCAGAUUGGUACACAGGGGGCCUGAGGGCUCUCUGCCAGACUGCCUGCUUUGAUACUUCCUCUCCCAGCACCAGGCAAUGGGCCUCAUCGUGACCUCUGUUAGAUAACAUGUCUUUGCUGGGGAGACAGGGAGAAAAAAAAAUGUUGCUGUGUUUAAAUAGAAAUCCAUGACAGAUGUUAGCUAGCUCUAUUUUUUUAAACCAUCUGGGAGUGAUGGCAAAUUUAGUGGGGAGUGAUUUAAAAUAAGGAUUUUUUUUUUUGUGUGUGUGUGUGUGUGUAGGUGAACAAGGACGGACAUCGCCGGAUCUACAAGAAGAACUCAUGCUAUCUGGUCAUCCAAUACACAGGUAAGAACUAGAGUUAAAGCAUGUGUGGGGUGGAGGAUAUCAAAUUGGUGAUAACACAGUCAUAAGGUUAUCAUGCUAACAAUACAGCAGUAAAAUGAUGUCAUAAAAUUUCCCAAAAGGUUAAAAAAGGUUGCGGUCUAAGGAGUUCACUGAUAUGACAGGAGUGAGUUAAACACUAAUGUUUGUGUUUUUCUGCUUUGUAAUAGAAGACGAGCCUUUCGAUACACUCCUGGAAUCUUAGAGAAGAACAACGGUCUGGACAGCGAACGAGAAGAAAACGUAGAUGGCAGCCCUGUAAGCCCUGUGCCCCCCUACUUAGCAAAGACCAGCAGUUCAGAGUGGAACAGCUCUGAUGACCUCGCCGGACCUUUCUCUGAACAAGAAGAGACUGGCACCGCUGCCCUGAAAGACCCUUUCUUGCACAACUACCCUCCACCUUUACCUCCAAAGACCUUUGGCAACAUUCACACUGACCCAUCUGGCAUCCACACACACCCACCGGAGGUGCCAGCGCGGCUGAGCCCCCGCCAUGAACCCAAAAACGGCCUGUCCCCGCUCUCGCACACCACCCUGCGUCGCUGGAUUGAGACACCUGCCGAGCAGAGGCUUUCAUCGGAUGCCAGCUCCAAGUCGGGGUCGUCAGACCAGGACCGAAAUGAUCUAUCCGCUAGCGAGAGCGAUGACAGGUUACCGAGUCCGAAUCCAGGGCAUGAUGAUGGUACGGACUCCCCUGGUCUCACAGAAAGGGUUCUCCCUACCACGUAUUUCUCUGUGGACAACUGUAUGACAGACACUUACAGAGCGAAAUACCACAAAAGACCUGCUUUGUAUAUGAGAGGAGAGGACCAUACGUCAUCGGGGGAGAGUGAUGUAGAAGUGAAGGGGCUUCCUGUGCCUGAUGUUCAGCCGCCAGAGCCUUCAAAAACAAAAGCAGAAUCAGGUACUCUACCUUAUUUUGAAUAUUUAUCGACUUCUCUUGCAUUAGCACCUGUACUGUUAAUAUUUGUGAUGCUAAACAAACAAUUUCUGUAUUUUCUUUUCAUUUGUUUGUUUGCAGGCUACUCUACGACGAAGACUACUGCAAAGUGGAACCCAGUUACUCCCAAAGGGCUCGAUGAGCACGGCUUCCUCUGA